CUUGCCUCCUCCUAUAUCUCUUCUCAUUUAUUCACCAACUCCUUCACAUUCUAUAUAUACUCCCCUAGGAGAUGAAUGCAUGGAUUCAACUAAUUGAAAAAUAAAAACAUAUACCAAGAAAGUUUUGAGUUCUAUUUGCUCAUGGGUUCUUGGGUUCGCACCAUCACCACCCCCUUCAAAAAAGUUGGCACCAUCUUCAACCCACCAAGAGACAAGAAGCCUCAACCAGGGCAUGACCUCAAUGGAAUGAAGCUCCAAGGGGAGGUGAUGGCUUGCACUUAUGAAGAUGUUCAAGUGAUGUGGUCCAUCCUAGACAAGUCCAAGUCCAUGGACCGCAACUCAAGCUCAUGAACGGGGUUCGACGAACCAAGUCAUUAGGUACAAGAAUGGAUUUGAUGGUACGUGUAAUAGAAAGGAGAGUAUUGGUGUUCUCAUGAUUGUGAUCAGUUGACAUGUACGUUGCUUCAAUGUAAUCCCCAUGGAUACUUAUAAUCUAUGGUGAGAUUUUUUAGUUGUAAUUUAAUGUGCAAUUUAGAGCUGGGUUAAUUAAUUAUGUUCCACAAUCAACCAA